AUGAGCACAAUCGACCCUGGCAUCGGCGAACCUGUCGCUGAGGCCGCGACACAGAUCAACAGCGAUGCGACUCAGAUAGACAAGGACUUCGAAGAUGGCGAACAGGAACGGGGGGAAGAGCGAGAGAGGGAUGUCCCGGGCCAUUGGUGGCUUGCAUCUACCGCGAUUCCCUUAAUCGCUGCUACGUUCGGACCUGUAGCCAACGGCUUCUCAAUAUGCGCCCUGGUCUACAGCUGGCGAAGUUUCAUUCCGGAAGCGAAGAUGGACGCGGAUGGCAUUAGACUGACCGAUCCGAAGUGGUUGAUUGCAAUCAAUGCGGUAUCACUGCUUUUCGCGCUUCUCGGGAAUGCUACGCUCCUCCUCAAUAUGGCCAAGCGACUCAAAUUCACGAUCGCUCAGCCGAUGACGAUUGUUGGGUUUAUUCUGGCGGGGAUUCUUCUUGUCGCGGACAUUGCGGCGAUCAAUUCUUCGUCGGACUACUACAUCACGGAUCCGCAGGCGCAGCCUGCUGCCAGACAUGCUCUGACUUCGGCCUACUACUAUGCCAUCUUCGCGGCUGCGGUUUACCUUCUGGUUGGAUUGCUUAUGUGCUUCACUGUGUAUGGAGCUCAUGCGGGACACUACAAGAGAGACUUCGACCUUACACCUGCUCAACGAACGCUCAUGCUGCAGACGAUAAGUUUCAUGUUUUACCUACUUCUCGGAGCACUUGUGUUCAGUCACAUCGAGGGUUGGAAGUACCUGGACGGCGUAUACUGGGCCCAAGUGACAUUGCUCACUGUCGGUCUGGGAGAUUACUCGCCUCAAACAACUGUCGGCCGUGGGCUGCUGUUUCCGUUCGCGAUUGGUGGAAUUCUGAUUGUAGGUCUUGUGGUUGGGUCGAUCAGGAGCUUGGUGCUGGAGAGAGGAAAGGAGAAGAUUGCAGCAAGAAUCACUGAGAAGCGGAGGGAGAAUGCUGUUCAUAACGUGGACAAGCGGAAGCAGACUGUCAAAAUCUCAUGGUUCGCGCAGGCCAACUUCAGAACCGAUCCCUCUCUCACACCGGCUCAGCGCCGCGAGGAAGAGUUCCACGUCAUGCGAAAAGUUCAACUCGCUGCAGAGCGUGAGAGAAGAUACCUCUCGCUUUGUACGUCUCUGUUCUUCGUACUGCUCCUCUGGUUCGUUGGCGCGGUCAUCUUCAUGGUGUGCGAGAGAGACGAGCAAGGUUGGACUUACUUCGAAGCGCUUUACUUCACCUUCGUGGUCCUGCUGACUAUUGGAUAUGGUGAUCUUACACCAUCGAGCAAUUCCGGGAAAGCCUUCUUUGUGAUCUGGUCCCUCCUGGCAGUGCCUUCCUUGACGAUUCUCAUCUCGAACAUGGGCGACACCAUUGUCAAGAGCUUCUCCGACUUGACCAAUUGGGUUGCCAGCUUCACUCUGCUCCCGGAAAAGAAGGGCAAAAGCACGAUCCAGCGGCUCACCAGCGGUGCGCAAGAAGUCUUGUCGAAGUUCACUCCUCCUGGACUUCUAGGGGAGACGAAACACGAUGAGACGUUGGAGGGAAAGAGACAUUACGAGGAAAUGUUGAACAGGCUAGCUACUCGGCUGCAAAGGCAUGUUGAAGAGGAAGAGCUUGAGGCUGCGAAGAAGGACGAAGAAGAAGGGAACGAAUUGGAGAGGGACAUCCAUUUCUAUAACUAUGUCCUGUCAAGGGAGAUGAGGCAGGUGCAGAAAGACCUGAAUGCUUCGCCGCCCAAGCAGUACUCGUGGUAAGUUUGUCACUGCAGUGAGUAGAUCGGUUGAGAAGAUGACUCCGUUUGCUGAUCAGACCAGGCACGAAUGGGAAUACUUCCUGAAACUAAUGGGCAGCGAAGAUGAUGAAGCGCUCGACUUUGAAGGACAGAAGAUCUCCAAUGUCCUCGUUCCAGAGCCAUUAAAAUCGCCCCCUCAUCCUAUCACAGGCGUUUAUAAGGAAGAUCGGCGACAAUGGGAAAAGCAGAUUGAGGCGCAAUUCAAUGACUCGGGCAGCAGUACUGUCGAGGCAGACAAGGUACGCAUCCCGUUGAACAGCGGCACGACCUUCAAACACUUCAUCGCACUAAUCUUCUUCCAGGACGGCGUCGUGGACCGCGAAACCGAACGCAAGAAUGGAUACGCCUGGCGGGGGCCGCAGAAAUCACGGCCCCACAGAGCUCGGAAGAGGCAGAUGUCCGACGAUGAGGAUCCGCUGAAGGAUUGGUCUUGGCUUAGUGAAGAGAGUCCCUUGAUGAGCACGAAGACGGAAUCUGAAUGGAUUCUGGAAAGAUUGAGUAUGGCUCUCGUAAGGGAGUUGAAUCGGCAGAGGAAGGGGUAUAAGCGGCAACCGCCCAUCCGUAUGAGGCAUGUGCUUCUGGCGAUUGAGAGGAGGCGAGAGGGGAAGGAGGGGACAUGA